AGCUGGUCACAUGACCAGGAUAUUGGACGCGAUGUGAUCCUGUACCAUAUUUUUUUAGACUCCAUAUUUUAAUUUCAAUGUUUCCGCUACGAACCUCUACUGUUCAUAAUGCUGAUAACGACAAGUAGACAAACUACCAUAUUUUGCUUUGUGAGAUUUUUUCCAAUUUCAUCUUUACCAAUCCUACUUUAAAUUUCCUGCAAGAAACAAAUCAAAACGUAUAAAACCUCUUCCUAUAAAUUCCCAUAGUGUGUGGUGAAAGGGCCACCGAGUAUAGGCUUGCAAUCAAAGAGAGAGAGAGAAAACUGUAAGAUUUGAUCUUUCUAGGUUAUAUAUCUUAAUCUUAGCUGAGAAUAGUAUACGUACAAAUACGAGUACAAGUACGAGUUUUAGUAUACGUACAAAUUAUUACACGAAAUUUGGCGUGUUUGUGAAUAAUGUAAAAGUGUUGUUUAAUAUUUUAUUAAUCUAUUAACUAACAGAAGAUCUAUUAACUAAUAGAAGAGAGUCAAGCACCAUCAAGCACCAUCAAGUGAUUAGUACAGCCAUGUCCUUGACAAAUUUGUUACCUGCACCCACCCAAGUGGUAUGGGAUAGAGAGGAUGAGGCACGUGAACAGAAAUUGCGCCAGCGACCUGUUUCAGCUCUGGUCAAAGCUGUUGUCACCGCUCCACCUUAUGGACAACGACGAGGAUGGGUGCCACGCAACCCAGAAGACUUUGGAGAUGGAGGAGCUUUUCCCGAGAUUCAUGUUGCACAGUAUCCACUUGGAAUGGGGAUGAAAGGCAAAGAAACAACAAGCAAUGCCUUAGCAGUGCAACUUGAUGCUCAAGGAAAAGUCAAGUAUGAUCUGAUAGCAAGACAAGGCCAUGGUAAAGAUAAGAUUGUGUAUAGCAAAUUAAGCGACUUAUUGCCAUCGGAAAUUACAAACGAGGAGGAUCCUACUUUGCAACGGCCAACCGACGACGAAAUCGAUGAUCUCACGGACAAGACGAAGAAGGCUUUAGAGAAGAUAACGAGAUCAAAAAUCGCGGCCGCCAUGCCCGUGAGAUGCGCCGAGAAACAAGCUCCGGCUCAGUACAUUCGCUAUACACCAUCGCAGCAAGGACAAUCAUUCAACUCGGGUGCAAAGCAACGAGUAAUCAGAAUGGUGGAAGCGCAAGUGGACCCUUUGGAGCCACCGAAGUUUAAGAUUAACAAAAAGAUUCCAAGAGGACCUCCGUCCCCUCCAGCGCCCGUCAUACAUUCUCCUACCAGGAAAGUGACAGUGAAGGAACAGAAAGAAUGGAAAAUUCCACCGUGCAUAAGUAAUUGGAAAAAUGCAAAAGGUUAUACAAUUCCAUUGGACAAGCGUCUGGCUGCAGACGGCCGUGGCUUGCAACAAGUUCAUAUCAACGAGAACUUCGCAAAGCUAGCAGAAGCUCUGUAUAUUGCGGACAGGAAAGCCCGCGAAGCUGUAGAGAUGCGAGCACAGUUAGAGAAGAAACUGGCUCAGAAGGAGAAAGAGAAGAAGGAGGACCAUUUGAGACAACUCGCGCAAAAAGCUAGAGAAGAACGUGCUGGCUUGAAAACCGCUACAGCGUUAGGUUUGUGUAAUUACUAUAGACAAGAUGAAAGAGAAAAAAAAGGCUUCAGAAAACUAGAUCGAAGCGACGAGAAGUAUGUUCCCCGAAGACUUACUGAGCUAUUUUUUACAGAUAAAAGCGAGGAGUCACGCGAGAGAGAUCAACUCAGACAAGAACGACAUAAAGAUCGCGCCCGUGAACGCAAUCUUGCACGCGCCGCACCUGACAAACGAUCUCGUCUGCAACGUGAGCGUGAACGCGACAUUAGUGAACAGAUCGCACUUGGCUUGCCCGCGAAGAGCAUUCCGAAUACUGGAGAAGCACAGUUCGAUCAACGUCUUUUCAACACUAGCAAAGGCAUGGAUAGCGGUUACGGUCACGAUGACGAAUACAACGUGUACGACAAACCAUGGAAAGACAGCAAUUCCAUCGCUUCGCAUAUUUAUCGUCCUAGCAAGAAUAUCGAUAAAGACACUUACGGCGAUGAUCUUGAGAAACUGGUUAAGACAAACAGAUUUGUUCCGGACAAGGAAUUCAGCGGAACUGAUCGAUCGGCCACGCGUUCCGGACCAGUGCAGUUCGAGAAAGAUGAGGAGGAUCCGUUCGGUUUGGAUCAGUUCUUGAAACAGGCCAAACGCGCCAGCAGCUCGACUACGACAACAACGAAGCGAAGUAGAGACGAUCGCGACAAGAGGGAAGAUCGCGAAAAGCGAAGAAAGCAUUAGACAUUCGACAAAUAUACUAUGCAUAAUCACAGAUACAGUUGAUACUUUAUCAUGGAUUUAUAUAUAUUAUGAAUAAAAAUAAUUUUAUAACAAAA